AGAGCUCGGGUAGACACGGCUAACUUUCUCUUUGAUACAAAUGCAAGCGUAUAUCGUUAUUUGCAGGUAAUACGUCAAAUGCCUUUCUUAAUAAAAGAAGAUAUGCUCAGUAAUCCUCCGCACGUGAAUAAUCGCGCGCCCGUCACGUGACUGUCGUUUGCAGUCAUGGCCGACGACUACAGACGAAGCGUCGAGCUGGAGAGGAGGAUUUUUGAGUUAGACAACAAAUGUGCCACUCUUCGGACGGAGAAACCAGAUGAUGACUACUUACAGAAUGCCUCUUCCAUACUAGACAAGUUGAAAAACUAUUACAGACAUGGAGGAGAGAGCAGCAGCCUUCCAAAACUGCUGCAGGACUUUACACAGGUUGUCUUGGACAUUACAUUCUAUGAGGAAAAUAAGCUUGUAGAUCAGGAGUUUCCAGAGGAUACUUCACCUUUUAAAAUUCAACAGUUACUACAGGACUUGACAGAGCCAGAGGUGUUAGCAGGGCGCCUGGUGCCUGCUCAAGAGGUGCAGUCUGUGCUGGGCCUGGAACUCUUGGAGUGCCUAUACUGGAGACGUGGGGCAUUAUUAUAUAUGUACUGCCACACACUACACCAGCGCAAGCAGUGGAUCAAGAAGAACAAAGCCACAUUCCUCAAGUGUCUUCAAGAGGGUGUGCGUUACCUUAUGAGAAUGUUGCAAGUGAGGAACUCAGUGAAGCUGAAUGAUGGUGUGGUUUUUCAUGACUCUUCAACCGCCAAUUUUCUAGUAGAAGGUAUCUUUUCCGAUACUCACUUGCUUACUAUGAUGUACAUUGGUGAGAUGUGUUUCUGGGCAGUGAAAUAUGAGGACUGCAGCAUGGACACCACAGAGCGCAAAGAGGACAGGCUUCAUUUCCGGGAUAUUGGCACACAAAUCCUGCAUAAGUACGUGCUGGCAUGUGAGGGGCCACUUCAGGGUCAGGGCUGGAACACAGAGAAUGCCAAGGAGAUUCUUAGUAUUUUACAGUAAACAUGGAGAGAGCUUUAAGGAGAGGAGGUUCACAAAAUAUCAUUUUUCUGAAGCUAGCAAAAAAGUAAACAAACAAACAAAAAAAGAUUAAAAAGAAAAAUACUGAAAACAAAAAAGGCACUUAUCUUCCGGUCCAGACUUGUUUCUGGAUGUGUGGUUUCGCUGAGGAUGUGGAAUAAUACUUCUAAUGUAAAAUAUAAACAAAUAACUAUUUGUUUAAGGAAAAUAUUCCGGCUGAGAAACAUCACGCAACUCUUUUUAUUUAUUUUAAUUUUUAUUUAUUUAUUUUUAAUUACAUUUAUAUAUGUCAUAUAUGUUCAAAUAAAUGGUACAAAGGAGGGUAGAAUGCAAAUAUAUGUUGCAUAUUUAAGUAUUCAUGACCAUUUUUAAGCAUGGACCUUUUUCUUUUAAUAACAUCUUUGUAUAUUACACCUUUUCUGCUCACUUAGUAAAAGCUGCAUCUUUAUUCUUUUUGUUGACAAGAUGUAAUGUUCAGAGAUGGGAAUUUCGAUAUUUUGAUAAUAUACUUUUAAAAAGCUAAACUUUUUGGUCAUAUUCUUUUUAAAAUGAAGUUCUUUUUUUGUUUUUAUGUCUUCAUCAAAAAUAAAUUUUGAGUUAAGAAAUGUUGAAAUAUGAAUGUAUGAGUGCUCAUUUUUAAUCUUGUCCCAAGGCCCUAGUAAUUAUCAAAAAGUCAUAACCCUAACCCUUUCUCUGGAAGUCAUUUUCACACCGCUAUUGCCAAUCUUGUAAUAUUCACAUAGUAAAACAACAUUAGUUCAGACUUAAUUUAAGUAUCACGGUGAAGUUUGUGAUAUAUACUUCAUUACCCAAUAUUAAAUUAGGAAAUGCUUAUGAAUGUUACACAAGCACACUUGUGGUGCUGGCAUAACAUUCAUAAGGCAAGAUCUUUUUCACAUGCCUAACAAUAUACUUAAACAUGAUUUCAAAUUUACAUACCUAUUGGUUUGUUAAUAAGAUGGCCAAACUGUAAGCGCUUUUGUAAUAAAUGGUGGUAGCUUUGC